AUGUCUUUCUCUGCAUCGUCGUUGAAAGAUCCGAGUCUUUUUGUUGAGAGAGCGUAUAUAGAUGGACGAUGGGUGUCUGCAAAAUCUGGCGAAACUUUCAAGGUUUCGAACCCGGCAACCGAAGAGAAUAUCGGAUCAGUUCCAGAAUCAGGCUUGGAUGAUUUGAACGAUGCAAUUCAAGCAGCGCAUCGGUCCUUCGAGAGCUGGAAAUCUCUCUCCGGUCGGCAGCGUGGUCGAAUACUACGAAAGGUAUUCGAGCUCCUCACCGAAAACAAAGAGGAUCUCAGCACAAUCAUUAGUGCAGAAAAUGGCAAGGCGAAAGCAGACGCCAUGGGGGAGGUGAUGCUCUCCGGAAACUUCUUUGAAUGGUACUCGGAAGAGAGUGCUAGGGUUUAUGGAGACGUUAUCCCACACACGACUAGCAAUGCCAGGAUACGUGCUCUCAAGGAACCCAUCGGUGUCUGUGGUUUGAUCACACCAUGGAAUUUUCCCUUGGCCAUGGGUGUCCGCAAGAUUUCGGCGGCUCUAGCAGCAGGAUGUACAGUAGUUUUAAAGUCCGAUGGAUUGACGCCUUUCUCUUCAAAUGCGCUAGCCGUGCUCUGCGAGCGUGCCGGGAUCCCCAAAGGUGUCUUGAACAUUGUCACAUCCCUCCAGAACACGCCACAACUCGGGGUUGCUCUUUGCGAGUCCGACAUUGUGAAGAAGAUCUCGUUUACCGGUUCGACAAGAGUUGGAAAAUUGUUGUUCAAGCAAUCUGCUAGCACACUGAAGAAACUCAGCCUUGAGCUUGGAGGCAAUGCAGCUUUCAUCGUUUUCGAUGAUGCUGAUCUCGAGAUCGCAAUUUCCAGCCUGCUGAUCGCCAAAUUCAAGGUGACAGGUCAGACCUGCGUAUGCGCGAAUAGGAUCUUCAUCCAGGAAGGAAUUUAUAACAAAUUCAUUCAAAGAUUCGUUGAGGAAGUCAGGAAGUUCCACGUUGGAAAUAGCCUUGAAGAUGACUCGGUCACUCACGGACCGCUCACUAAUGGCAUUGCAAAGGUCGAAUCCCAUGUGAAGGAUGCAAUCAGCAAGAAUGCCAAGGUGCUACUGGGCGGUAACAGUUUGCCCCAGAUCGGCAAGAAUUUCCAUGAACUCACCAUUUUAGGUGAUGUUGAUGACACGAUGCUGGUGAGUAGAGAAGAGACGUUUGGUCCAAUCGCUGCGUUGUUGAAGUUCUCGACUGAGGAUGAAGUGGUGAAGAGAGCCAAUAAAUCUGACGUUGGGUUGGCAUCUUAUCUUAUGACCUCUGAUUUGGCAAGGUCGUACAGAGUGUCCGAGAAACUAGAAACUGGAAUGGUUGCGAUCAAUACUGGAGUAGUAUCAGAUGCCCCAGCACCAUUUGGUGGGGUGAAACACUCUGGGUUUGGUCGUGAAGGCAGCAGAUAUGGGAUGGACGAUUAUCUUACCCUCAAGAUGAUUGUUACUGGAGGAAUAGGCAAUUGA